ACAAAGGGUUAAAAGCAUAGCGCACAGAUAUUUACACUACACGCUGAGCAAACGCGUUAAGAUUCGAGAUCUGGUCUAGGGUUCCUCAAUUUCAAAUUUAUAUCCAAACAAGUUAAAGAAAUUAUUUCCACUUCUUUAAUUGGUUUUCUUUACGUAAUAGAGAUACCUUGUGUUAGGUGGGGUUUGGCAGAAGGGUUCUUUAGAAAUUGAUUGAGGUUUUGAUUGAAAGAUUGCUGGAAAAGUUGAAAAUAUUGGAGAAAAUUUGGGGAAAAAGUAAAACAAAUGCCGGAAGAAGACUUGGUGGAGCUCAAGUUCAGAUUGUAUGAUGGAUCGGAUAUUGGUCCCUUUCGAUAUUCGCCGGCCGCCACCGUCGCCAUGCUCAAGGAGAGAGUUGUCACCGAGUGGCCUAAAGAUAAGAAAAUUGCACCAAAGUCUGCAAAUGAUGUGAAAUUGAUUAGUGCUGGGAAAAUAUUAGAAAAUAGUAAGACUGUUGGACAAUGCAAUAUGCCUUUUGGGGAGCUACCUAAAGUUGUUAUCACUAUGCAUGCUGUUGUACAACCAUCCUUGGCUAAAGCAAAAGCAGCUUUACAGGGAAGCAAUUCUAGGCAAGUCAAGGCAACAUAUUCCAAUUCCAUUUUUCCUGAAGGCUAUCCAGUUUUUCCCAGAAGAAAGGAGCAUGGGGAUUAAAUAUUUGAUUGUGAUGGACACUGCAGAUUUUCUUGGAUUAUUAUUUACUAUGGUGAAUAUAUAGAAGUGAUAAAAUCAAGAUAGUGCCAUGAUUAUUCUCAAUGGCUUGGAGGGUCGCUUGGAACUAUAACUAGGAUUAUAUCCCGUAUUGAUAAAGAAAAAACUAUAUGUCGUUGAUACGACCAUUCUGAUGAUAUUUAUGCAUAUGUCGUUCAUGCUAUGAGAAAAAAUAUGUUGUUCAACCUAUGAGAAAAAUAUAUGAUAUUUAUGCACACGUCUUUGUGUUACAUGUACUUCUCCAUUAGCUACGGUUUGCUUCUGUCAUGAUGGAGUUUCCACCUAUGAGAAAAAAAAUAUGGCUUUCAUUUAGCAUAUUUUCAUUUUCCUUAAAUGGACAUUCAUAUUCAUCACAUUUCAGAAUGUGAUGUGCUUGGAUAAAUGAUUUUUCCUCUAUUUCACAAGUAUC